UAGGAGACUGACUUAGACAUGAUCGCAGGGAGAAGACAGACUUCAAUGAUGCUUCUUCGGUGGCGUCCACUGGCAGAAAGGAGCAAACUGACAAAUGUAUCUCAGAAGUGUGGUUCUUACGCUUCUCUUGGCAGUAUUAUAGCAGACUAGAAAUACAGAGUGGGAGACUUUCCACUGUAAGUCCAAGACCAGGGUGUAAUCUUGGCCACUUUCUGGUGAGGCUUCUCUUCCUGGCUUGUAGCUUACUGCCAUCUCUCUGGAUGUAAGCCAGGCUCCAAGGAGCAUGCCUUUCAAUUCUAAUCCAGGAUCAAUGGCAUUGAACUUUCAAAAUUUUAUGCACUUAAACCCCACCCCAGGUGGAUAGUGGCUCCUAGUGGAAUUCCUUUUCUGUAUCUCCGAGUUCUCCUUCCUGAGGAGUGAGACUUUUGACUUUUCUAAUUCUGAGCCUCCUCCAUUUGGUACUGCUCAUCUUUCUGUUUUGGGUGGCUCAGAGCCCUACACUCUUUGAAAUUGAGUCCAAGUCCUCCAUCAUCUUUGUGACCUAGAUCUCUUCCUUCUCUACGUGACACUGGAUACUACUCAUUUGCAUUUUAACAAAGAGCUGCUAAGUUUAGGAUCAUAGAUGGAAUGUGACAAUUCAUAUAUCAUCUGUGAAGAGGACUGACUAACCUGAAAGAGCCAGAGAACCAGAGAGGAUUCCCUAAAUUGUGCUCUACAACAGACUAAAUUGGGCAGAGGUAAGAGACAGGUACAGUGAAGCAACAGGUAGGGGGCAGAUUUAUGAGAAAAAUAUCAAAUCAGUGAGGAGAAGCUAUAUAUCAAUAGAAAGAACAAAGGUCAGGACUGCCUAAUUGCUGACAUGAUGAGACUCAGUGAGGGGGUGUUCCUGUUUCUAUGUGGGAUUCAAUUUACACUGGGAAUUCUGGUGAAUGGUUUCAUUGGGUUGGUCAAUGGUAGGAGCUGGUUCAAGACCAAGAAAAUGUCUUUGUCUGACUUCAUCAUCACCAACCUGGCACUCUCGAGGAUCAUUCUGCUAUGGAUUCUCUUGACUGAUGGUUUUUUAAUGGUAUUCUUUCCCAAUGCACAUGAUUCAGGGAUACCAAUGCAAAUCAUUGAUGUCUUCUGGACAUUUAUGAACCAUCUGAACAUUUGGCUUGCCACCUGUCUUGGCGUCUUCUACUGCCUGAAAAUCGCCAGUUUCUCUCACCCCACAUUCCUCUGGCUCAAGUGGAGAGUUUCUAGGGUGAUUGUAUGGAUGCUGUUGGGUGCACUGCUCUUAUCCUGUGGUAGUACCGUAUCUCUGACCAAUGAGUUUAAGUUCUAUUCUGUCCUUAGGGGAAUUGAGGGCACCAGGAAUAUGACUGAACAUUUCAGAAAGAAGAUGAGUGAGUAUUAUCUGAUCCAUGUUCUUGGGACUUUGUGGAACCUGCCUCCCUUAAUUAUGUCCUUGGCCACCUACUCUCUGCUUGUCUUCUCCCUGGGGAAGCACAGACGGCAGAUGCUGCAAAAUGGUAUGAGCUCCAGAGAUCCAAGCACGGAAGCCCACAAGAGGGCCAUGAGAAUCAUUCUCUCCUUCUUUUUUCUCAUCUUAUUUUACUUUCUUGCCUUUUUAGUUGCAUCGUCUAGUCGUUUCCUACCAAAACCCAAGGUGGCUGUGAUGAUUGGCGAAAUAAUUACAAUGUUUUGUCCUGCUGUCCAUUCAUGUAUUCUCAUCCUGGGGAACAACAAGCUGAAGCAGACAUUUGUAGAGAUGCUCCGGUGUGAGUCUGGUCAUCUGAAGCCCAGAUCCAAGGGACUCAUUUUCUCUUAGAGUAACAAAAGGCAUGGAGUGGAGCCCAUGAGCCUUGUGGCCUGGCUCAAGACUACAGGACUCUUCCAGACCCUCCUAUGGUACCAGUUCCAUAACAUCACUAGGAGAGAAACACUGACUGCUUUGCCUCUGGUCCCUGGAGACCUGUUUCAAGGCAAAAGCCACGCUUCUCACAGCCUCUCUCUGUAUGGUAGUUGUGGAGUGGGGAGGGUACAGGAGUAUAGUAGUGUUUUGGAAAUAACAAUGUUAUGAGAGCACUCUCACUGUAAACACAUGGUGCUGUAUUUUAAAAAUCAUCAGCUCAACGUAGAGACUCUGAUUACUAGUUUCAACUUAAAUUAGAUACUAACAGUGAUACACAUAAAAUUACAUAACAGUCUUGAAGGAAAGAGCAAAAGUUUUGCAGUCCUGUAGAUGUGGGUUUGAAUUCUGAUUCUGGUCAAGAUUUUUGGCCUCAGGUGAGUUACUUCAAUUAUCUGCCUGAUCCCCUGUUCUGAUCUCUACUGGCUAUUUUAGCACAGUGUGUUGUGUAAAGUACUCAGUAAGUGAAGGCCAUUAUUGUAGCUAAUAUUGGAUUGUGCAGCAAUGGCAAUUUCUAAAUGAUUCCAGUUUCUAAAAACUCAUUGUAUGAUGAUGAAAACAGUGGAAAGAAGAUCAAAACCUUUGGAUUCUAGAUUCCAAUUCAAUCUUGCAUUUCAUGAUCAUUCUGCUAAAGUACAUUUUCAAGUAAUUUUUUUUGGGCAAAAGAUUGGGCAAAAGACCAACUAGUUUUAUUUUUAAUUUUUUGUUUUUGACCAAGAUACCUACCUGGUUUUAAAAUUACAGUUUUAUCAAAUGUAAUAGAAGCAUAUUUUAUAAGUUUAAUCAAUUUUAUUUAGGCAUUGAUUUACUUCCUGUUAACAAUUUUGACAUGUCAAUGAAAAGAUACUGCUUAAUAUCCUUAAGACUUCUCAAAUAUGUAAACAUAUUCAUUUAGGAUACAUGGCAUUAUUCAGAAAUGUGGAUUUCUAGCACUAAUCGGGCUCUCAGAAGUGGAGUGUUUGUGGCUAAGAAUGUGGACCCUGAAACCACACAACUUGUGUUUAAAUCUGGCUUUGGCCCUUUUGAACUGGGUGACCUUGGGGAAACUACUUAACCAGUCUCUAACUUUCUGCACUUGUGAAAUAGAAAUAGUAAUUGUGUCUGUGUGUGAGUGUGUGUGUUGGGAUAAGGUUGUUGGAAGGAAUGGGUGAAUUAACACAUGAAAAGUGUUUAGAGUGCUACAUGGAGUAAAUAUACAAUAAAACUGCUAUCGUUGUUGCUGUUGUUAUUUGGUGAAAAGGAGCCUAUUUUGACAUAAUAAAAGGAGCAUUACAUUACGUGAUUGGACAUACGUAACCAGAAGUUAAUUUUAGGGUUGUUCGGAUUUACAUCUUCAUUUCUAAAAUGACAGGAAUAAAACACCCUUUGGUCUGCACAGUGUGCAUUAGCCCAUCGGCAAACACCUCCCCAGCCAGCAGGUGGGGGCUCAGGAGAAAAAUCCUAUUACUGCUAGAUAAAAUAAAGAACUGACUUGUUCACAAUACAUUUGAGCUUGCAGAGUAGUAAAUUUUGUUGGCCCCACUAUAAAUUGUCAUUGUGACUUGGUGGAGCUGGGCCAAUGGUCUAGGCAACAUUUCCAGGUUAACUCUGAAAUACAUAAUUUCAGUUCUUGAGUGGAGUUUCCUGGCCAUGUUCUGUCUAGCCUCAGUUUCCAUUUGUGGCCAGACAGGGUGUUCAUAGCCAGAGAAGAAAGAUUUCUGAAUUGUCCUUGGCUUUUCAGGCUUCUCCCCUUAUUGCCUAGCUAGCAGAUCCCCUUGAGAAACGGAUGAGUUCUGGCAAGUGUCUGGAUGUUGCUGUGAUAUUCUAGGAAUGAAUACAUUUAUCGCUUAAUUUUGAUUCUGGCUAACCUUGAUUCCAGUUCAUUCCUUCCUCUCACAAACAUUUAUUUAAUACUUAUUGUGCACCAAGCAUUGUGUGAGACACUGUACGAGAUGCUUGUUCCUUGAACGCUGUUCCUGUUCUCAAAAACAUUACAUUUAGUGGGUAAUAAAGACACAGACACAAGUGUUUAAUUUGUGAUCACUGGAACAGAUGCUUCAGGUACAACAAAGGGAUCAUCCUAUCUUGAGGGUCCUGAUGAUGCAGGUGAUCCUUCUCUCUAGAUCCUUUUUGUGGCAGCCAUGAAAAUGUGUGCUCAGAUCUCUGCUGUGGAGGCACAACUGGCUGACGGUGCUAGCUUUGGAGAUCCACUACCAUGAGGCAACAUUUCCUGCCAGGGGGCCACAUUUCCUCCCAGCCAGUGGUGGAGCACUGUGGAGCACUAAGGCAGGUCUAUUUUGCUGAUAUACAUGGGAAUCCUCCACCAGGCAAUUUUGGCCUUAUCAGGUUGAU